UAUAAUCCAGUAAUUCCAAUGUGUUUAGGGUCAGUUCCAUGAAAAUUCACCUCUUUUUUAAAGGAAAAAAAACCAGAAAAACAAUGAAGUGAGCUCCUCUUUUUUUUAAUAAUAAAAGUCCCUUCAACCCCCCGCAGUCCCAAUUGAAAAUGGAUCCUAACCUAAUGCUAAAGUUUCAAGCCAUCAAGCAAUCCAAGAAGUGUAAGAAGCAGCAGCUUCUGGACAAGCUUUUACUCUAUUCAUGCAUAGCAGUGACUUGUUGUGUCUUCUGUUCUACCCCUUUUUGGCUCCCUUACUUGAAGAACUUUCUCUUCAUUUCAUUACCAAAAAUGGGUUCAAUCAUGUACAACCCUAAACUACUGUUCUUUGUAGGGAACCUCAUCGUUGUGGUUCUCAUUGGAGAAUCCAAGAUUUUUGCUUAUUUUUCAGGUUCUGGGGGAGUGUACUAUGUUGAUCAUCCAAGUGGAAGCCUCGGAAACGAUGGAUCGGUGGUGGAAGUGAAAAAAGAGAUGAAAAUGAAGCAAUAUUAUUCGGAAGAAAAGGUGAAGGCGAUUUGCGUGGUUGAGGAGAUUAGAGAAGUAAACAAGGGAAAUAAUGGUUCAGAGGGAAAAUAUCAUGAGCUGGUUUUGCCUACUGAGGAUUUGGAGAAAAGAGCCGAUGAUUUCAUUGCAAGAGUCAACAGGCAAAGAAGGCUUGAAGCUGCCGGAUUAUUACUUAAUUAGAUGCAGUUUACGUCAUCAUUCAAAUAUAUGAAAUUUUUUAUAAUAUCCCACAUUUAUCCCAAAUCCAAUCAGCCUAUGAGUUAUACUAUCUUUUCUGUAACUUACUGGAGCUGCUAGCUGCUUUGUUUGUUCUGUUAUCGGUAUAGUUUUUAGUUUAUAUGAAAUUGAGUCAAUCACUCCUCUGGUUUUUAAUAUA